AUGGUCACUGUUGAUCCCUAUUUCCACGACACUUCUCCAGGUGCUGUAGUUUAUUCAAAUUUUCAAUAUUAGUAGCUUUAGUUCUAGGUAAAGCAGCUUUAGGUACAGGUAACUUAAAAUUGAAAGAUAGCAUGUUGAUUUAGGUAUUAAUAAUGUAAAUAUGAAUGUUAUAAUUUAUAUUACUUGCAAGGUUUAGCUUUACCGAAAAAUUGGAGAGAUUUUUUGAAAAGAUUUUAGGUAUAACACGUGAGAAUCACGUUGUUUCUCUCCGCGACCUUUUUGCGGAAAAAUCCUUGAAAAUUAUGUUGUAGUAGGUAAAGAUUCGAAAGCUAUGUUGUAUUAGGUAAAGAUUCGAAUGUUAUUUUUGAAGAAUACAUUAAAAUUUAUUGCCUAAAGGCUAAAUUUUUUAAAUUAAUUAAAGCUUGGUUUUAAAUUUUUAAACAGAGAAAACGGUUUUCUUGUUUAUUGUACAACUAAGGACCUAAAACAAUAUAAUUUUUGAGGUUUUGCCGCUCAAACUUAGCAAAAAGACGUAUUUUUUCUACUACACUAUGUCUUUGAUAAAUAACACUUGAUUUUUGAUCUAAUUUUUUGUUAAUUCUUUUGUUAUCUUGCUAGAAAGACCAACGAUCUAAUUUACGCCGUUUCAGACUUUGUUGGAGCUCCAGCUGGACCCGCUUCGAACGUGAGCAGCAUCAUGCCAUACUACUGGACUUCGGACGACACUCGUCGCGCUAUCAUCGCUUCGAUCCUUCCGAUUGGUGCUGGAGUCGCUGGCGCGGCCUACAUUGCUCGCGAUAAGGAAAUCGACAACGUUAUCACCGUAUGUUUGUUUGUCUUUGUUGUUAUUGGUUUAGGAACACAACACGUGACAAAAUUACGUUAUUUAUGGCUAAAAAUAGAUUGAGAGGGAUGAUUGUUGAACUUUUUCGAGGUAGUAAGAACUGUUUUUUAGUCGAAAUGUUGAAAGGACAUCAAGAGGGAUCAAUAUCACAUAUAAAAGUAAAAUAGAUAUAAAUCAAUAUUUUAUGAAUUUAUUGAAAAGAUAUUAUUAUAGAAGGUCAGUAAGAAGCAAUCACAAAUUUUAGAGCUAGUUCUGUGGAAAAAUAUCAACAAUAGAAUUUUUUAUGAUAAAAAUAUUAUGAUAGGGACGAAAUUCUUAUGGUGUAUAUAGAAUCUAUAAUUUUUGGAAAAAUAAAAACUUUUUUGUAAAAUUUCUGUAAAAAGUAGCAAAAAUAUCGUGUAGAAAAUGUGAUUAGAAACGUUCACGUUAACAUGUUGCUUACUUUUCAUUUUCUGGUUAAAAGGAUGUUACACUUGGCUACUUUUACUUACUUCAGAACACUUUUCAAAAUGAACCUAAAAUAUUCGUUUAUGAUAGCGUUUUUACGUUCAAAAGCAAGAAUACAGUCUGAAUUAGGUAUGGCUAAGAGGAAUUGGGACUAGAACAUGUAAUUUUGAGUUAUGAUAUAAAGUAUAUUGUACUAUAUCACUUACAUCUUUUUUUGAAAAAUCUGUUAGACUAAAGUCGUAUAUUGGUUUAUUGUUGCUUUUUUAUGUUUAAAAGUAAAAUUAUAGGUUAGGUAACGUGUUGACUAAAGGAUUUUCAAAUAUGACUUCCAAUCUUUAAGUUAUGAUCAAAAACAUAUUACACAUGACAAGCUUUAUCAUUUUAGAGUGCCCGCAAGCCACAUUGGGCGAUCAAGAGCAGAUCCACCCAUUCGGCAAUUGAUUUGAUGACAAUUGCUCCAUUGGGAUAUGCUUCAUACCUAGUGUACAAGAACGGCGGUGGCUUCGACUACACCGACACCACCGUCGCUCUCAGCUUGUACGGUGCCAAUGUUGGACUGGCUUUGGUUAACAUCCCACUUUUGAAGAAAUCCAACUUCCAAUGUGUAGGUUUUUUAAAUUUAAAAGUUUUAAAAGCUUUUAGUGUUACCUAAAUUUAUAUAUUGGUAUAGAAAUGACACAAGUUGAUGUCUUAUGUUGCUGUUAAUAUGCCAUACUUUCAGCUCUUCUAUAACUCACUUCUGGUCAGUGGAACGGCCGCCGCCACCGCCUACGCUUUCUACAAGAUUGACCAGAACGCCGGCCUGUGGACCAUCCCCUACGCUUUGUGGACCGCCUACUACGCCUUCUUCGGCUACGCCGCCUACCAAUUGAACUCGCCCCAAAAGGACGCCUAA